AUGGGGCCCCUUGUGGUUGCAGCAGGAGCAGUCGAGCACGGGAACGUUGUACCCCUUGUCCUUGUGCCAUUGUGCGCGGUCGCCGCCGGCGGCGCACGGAGAAAACGUUCUUCCAUGGCAGGUGGCAGCACCAGCGUCAUGCUCAUGCAGCAGACUGCUCGCAAGUCCACCGGAGGAAAGGCUCCUAGGAAGCAGCUCGCUACAAAGGCAGCCCGUAAGUCUGCACCCACAACUGGUGGAGUGAAGAAGCCUCACCGCUACCGCCCAGGGACUGUUGCUCUUCGUGAGAUCCGCAAGUAUCAGAAGAGCACUGAGCUGCUGAUUAGGAAGCUGCCAUUCCAGAGACUUGUCAGGGAGAUUGCUCAGGAUUUCAAGACGGAUCUGCGCUUCCAGAGCCAUGCAGUGCUUGCUCUGCAGGAGGCGGCAGAGGCCUACCUGGUCGGUCUCUUUGAAGACACCAACCUGUGCGCCAUCCAUGCCAAGCGCGUGACCAUCAUGCCCAAGGACAUUCAGCUGGCAAGGAGGAUCCGUGGCGAGAGGGCGUAAGUCUGUCGAUGUAGGAAGAAAAGAACUCUGCGCACGUUCUGUGUUUGUCUCGUCUUGGUAGGUUAUGUGAAAAGAUAAUCUAGUAUAAACUGUACUGGUCAGUCUGACUGUAGCCGUAGUGGCAUAUGCGCAUACUAUUGGCAGUUCUCGUGUCUGGAGUCUGCACGGAUCUUUUGUUCAUUUAGCUUUGGAGUGUAGUCGGGUGUGUCACCACGGUUGCUGAACGUGUAUCCAUGCCCCUAACUGUGGAUUUGGUUGUCUGAACCUCUGAAUAUUCAUCCUAUUCGUCUGUUUGUCAUCA